UUCAAGAUGGCGGAUGAUAAGAGUCCAGCGAGAAAAAAGAGGCGAUCGUCACCAAACACAGAGGAAGAAGACGCUGGAUUCAAGUUUUCAAGACAAAGUCGGCGUACAACGACAUACUUCAAGGGGAGCGCCAAGAAAAGAAGGCGCUCAAGCUUUGUCCAUGGAAGGAAAGAAAGAAAAUCCCUAGCUCCACCAUCAUCUAAAAUUAAUCUUCAUCAAAACAUUCCCAUUGGAUUACCUCCAAGUGCAAGAUUAAGAAGAUUAUUUCAUGCAAGUCUUGAGCUGGCCAUUACAAAGAUUAAAGAACARCCCAAUACCAUUAAGUUAGAGGAGUAUCCAGACUUUCAAGAAGAAGCUAAAGAUGUUUUUGAACAACUUCAAAGAAUAGUUUUAGAGUCUGAUAUUAUUGAUGAAGCUUUUCAACUGUCAUCAGAAGAUAAAGACAAUGAUAACAAGCUACCAAACCCCAAAAACCAACAACUAGAAGAAAAUGCUUUGAAUUGCCAAACGGUCAGUAAAAGGCUGCAGCUUGAAAGUAGCAAAUGGGAUGAGCUACUUAAUUCAUGUCAGCAAUUACAAGACAUUGCCAAACAGGAACUGCAGGAAUAUGAUGAUCCUUUGAAGAGUAAUGAAGAAUGUCCUGACUUCCUCUCCUCAAAUCAGCACAAGCUGCUAUCAGGAAAACCGACUCUGAAAAGCGUUCUUGAUAAAUUGGAGAAAGUAAAACAUACCUCAGAACUGCAGGUUGAUAUGGUUUGUCAAACUGCUUCAAACUUAAAACAAUAUGGAGACGCUACAGAAACUCAUUUACAACAACAGAUGGGAAUAUUUGGUACCAAGUCUGUUCAAGUUAUUGAAGACAUGGGAACACCAAGAACSCUCAUACGAGGUGGUCUGAAGCAUCACCAAAUGAAUUAAGUCUUUUGUAAAUUGUUAUUAGUCAGAGUGCAAAACAUUAUAUUUUUCAAACAUUCUAAUGUAACCUGUAAUGAGAAAGGCAAGCUGCAUUUGGUGAUAAAACUUGUCCAGGGUAAAUAUCUACCGGCAAGUUAUUCUGCUCUAAACAUUUGUCACAAUCAAUAAUGCCAAAAAACAAUACAAAAAAAGUUGGUAAACUUGAGGCAAUUUUCAAAGACAACAAAAAGCAGAGAAAAAAAACCCUGCCUGACUGAAGACACGGCCCUUCUGUGUGUACCAGAAGCUGUUGUACUUGAAAUUGAAAUCCGUAAUCUUUACCGACAUAUAGCAGAAAGAAGUGAAACGCUAAUUUUAACACAUGAAACCUGCUUAGUAAGAGGUGCACGUGGAAAGACUGCAGAGAAAGUUAGCUAGUUAUCACAAACACAAUUAUUGCAGCAUAUUGUUUGGACAUAUACAGGAACAGUCUUAGUUAAUAAAUUUUAUUUGAUAAAAACAAAUAAGUUCCACUUUAUUAGUAAAUGAACUGAUCAUUUMUACUGCCUAUAAGUCUUUUGCUUGCAUGCCUCAAGUAUAAUGCUAGCUGUCUUCAAUAGAGGACUUUUAAGCUACAYAAGAACAAUUUCAUUUUGAAGUCUGGAAAAUAAUUAUCUUGUAGUUCUUGUUGGAUUUGGUUUAUUUAUACUUUUCUAUUUUGUUUUUAAAUAAAAUAAGUCAUGCAA